AUGCCACUCUCAUUUGGCGGCGGCGGAGGAGGCGGCGGCCACGCCUCGACGAGCAUCUCGGCCACGCGCCAAGACGCUGCUGCCCACGCUGCAGCCUCGGGCCGCAAGUCGCCCGAUCCCUUCAAGCGCUUCAGGCGCAACUCGGUCGGCAACCUUCUCUCCUCGUCAUCCUCGUCGGCCUCGGUCUCGUCGGCCGCCGCCGCAUCACAGGCCCCCAGGUCGCCUCCGCCUGCCCCACCACCAAAACCCUCUUCCCUGACCAAACCCUCGUUCGCCCGCGCCCGCAAGGCCAAACCUGCCAGCCUCUCGCUCCUCGGCACGCACAAUGCCGCCAACCCCUCCCAUCGCUCCCCCGGUGCCUUUGCACCCUCGGCCUUCGGUGAGCUAGACGGUCAGUCAGGCUCCUAUUCCAACCCUCCCUCGUCUUCGGCCUCGGCCUCGGCAGGCGCCAGGCUGCAGGCCCACAAGCAAGCCUCGCCGCCGCGCAGGGGCACGCAGGCGUGGUACCAGGCACAGCAGAAGACCGUCGACCUCCGUCCGGCCAGUCCGGCCCCGCACAACCAGCCCUUGCUUUCCAUCUCGGCCGCCUCGCCAGGGUUUAUCGUGCCUGGCUUCGACAGCGGCAACCGGAGCAAUGGCAGCGGCGUCGACUCGAGGAGGACUUUUGCCGAUGAGCAGGAGAUGAUGGCCGCAGGCGUGCAGAUCAUCCGGCGGAGAGACCACGAGGACGACCGGCUCGCCCUUCCUUCGGGCAGCCCGCAGCCACCGUCGGUGCUGCCCUCGUGGCGCCGCGACAACCCCCACCUCGGUCCCGACUAUGUCGAGACGAUCAGCGGCGGCGGCGGCGGCGGCUCGGCGGCGGCUUCGGUCAAUGGCGGCGAAUCGUCGGUCGAAGGCUCGGCCAACGAGUACCUUUCGGCCGCCUCGUCGACGCAGAGCCACCAAGGCCCAAGCAUGGGCAGGAGCUCGAUGGACCAGUACCGGUCGCCCCACGACUACGGCGGGGCCCAGCUCGGCAGCGGGCCUCCGUCCAGCUCGUACCACCCGCCUCGGCCAGCGACGUCGAUGUCGUUCCGCCAGCACGACGACUCCUCCAACACCUCGCUGCCCUCGUUUUACAGCAGUCACGACGUGCCUUCGCCGCGCGAUGCGACGAGCCGUCGAGGCGGCUACCUCAGCCCAGCGCCCGGCACCUCUGCCCAUCCGUUCCUCAACAAGCACGCCGCCACCAUGGGCAAGUCGUCGGCGGCCUCGAGCAGCGGCACCACGGCCCGCCACGGCCUCGCCAACUACUUUGGUGCCUCGGCGGCGACCUCGCAGCCGCCCAGCUCGGGACGCGAUGCCUUUGAAGCGGCGCUCGGCCCGCCCGAGAAGCCGGCCAAGCUAAAGCCGGGCGUUCUGCAGGCCUUUCGUCAGGACGCAGGCCUCGGAGGAUACGGGUACCCGCCGCCCCAUUCGGCCGUGCCGAUCGUCUCGGCGCGGCCUGACGAGGGUUGCGAGGCCCAAGUGCCAUACGCCAGCAUGCCGCGCACCGACAGCUGGUCCGUUGACAAUCUCGUUCCGACGGGCGCGAUGGGCUCGACCGGGUUCGGCCCGCUCCGGGCAUCGUCGUCGACACCGCUGCCGCCGCCCCGCCGGACGAACGGCGCCGCUGCUGCCAGCGCGGGCAGGACGAGGCCACCUGGCGGCACGAGCAGCAUCGAGGAAGCGUGGGGCUCGAGCCGCGGGCUGGCCUCGCACGGUGGCGUGGCCAAUGCGCUCGGUCAGGUCGGGCAGCUCGGCGCCGCCGUCGGACGGAGAGGCUGGGACUUCAUGCGGACGUUCAACACCGGCGGCGGCGGCGGCGCCCACGGCGCUUCGAUGACACCCAAGAGUGCGAUACCGGUGCGAGCCGACAAGGCUGGGCGUUCUGGCGCACGGCUCGACCAGGCUCAGAGCGAGAAUGCCGCCACGCGCCGCUGGCUGGCGGUGCUGCAGGAGGGCAGCAGUGAGGUAGGGCGCCCUGGCGGCAGUCGACGGCCGCCCACAGCGACUCAGGCGCCGCCGCCCCCGAUGUCGGGCGCGCGCAGUGCCGGUGCUGGUGCCGGGUCGGGAGGAUACCUGUUCGGCGUGCCGCUGCGUGAAGCCGUGCAGCGGACAAGGCUGAUCGACUCCUCGGACGAUCUGGGCGCCCACGCGCGGACGCCGUCCGGCACGCGGCUCUCGAUUCCGGACCUGGGCACCGACUUCAGUGUCAACAUGAACUUUCUCGACGAUCCGCCGCUGGCCUCGUCUCGGAGGGCAUCCCGCAACCGGCAGAGCGUGCCCGGCAAGACGCCGGCGACCAGGGACGAGGCGCGCGCCCUGUACCUGCCAGGCAUCGUCGUGCGUUGCAUCGAGAGCCUCGAGCGAUGGGGUCCGCAGGAGGAGGGCAUCUACCGGCUGAGCGGGCGCAGCAGCCACACGGCCAAGCUGCGGGCGCUCUUUGACGACCAGAGGGCCGACCUCUGCCUCGAGCAGAUCAGUCCGGCCGAUCUCGACAUCAAUAGCGUCUGCAGCAUCCUCAAGACGUACCUGCGCGAGCUGCCCGACAGCCUGAUCCCGUCCGAGGCGGCUGCCUCGUUUGAUCGCGCGGCUUCUCUGCUGCUCGGCUCUGCCAACGCCUCGGCCGCGACGGGUGCGGCGGGUGCGGCCGCCUCGCGCUCCCCGCCCAGAUCGAUCCCGUCAAGGGAGGCCGCCACCGCCGGCGUCACGAGCGAGUCGGUCUCGAAGCACCUGGUGCCCGUCAUUGGCUCGAUUCCCUGCGUGAACUGGUACCUCCUGCGAGAGCUGUGCGAGCACCUCGGCUGGCUGUCGGAUCCCAAGAUCGUCGCCAGCACAAAGAUGCCCUUGAGCAACCUGUGCCUCGUCUUGGCGCCCACGCUGUCGCUCUCGGUCGUGAUGCUCAAGCUCAUCGUCGAGUACCGCGCCGACAUCUUCAUUGCCCCUGGGCCGGCCCCGGAUCCUGCACUGGAUGGCGACGUCAAGCCCAAGCCCCCUUUGCCCGAGCGCCCUGCCCAUCUCAGGCGCAACGUUGACGCGGCCGCCGCUUCUCGACCAAUCGUGAGCGAUGCCGCGCUUGCCUCGCCUACGAGCCAGGAUGCAAAGCCAAAGGCGCAGCCCGAGACCCCGAGCAAGCUGCCGCAGCGCAUUCGCAAGAGGUCGUCGACCGCCAGCAUCGCCAGCCUACUCAGCGGCGGCGUGCUGAGGUCCGACCGCAAGAACCCGGCACCUGCCGAGGCCUCGCCGACCACGACGCCCUCGUCCAUCCGGCCGAGCUGGGUACGGGGCCAUCAGAGCAAGGCGUCGAUCGCGAGCUCGGCUGGACGAACUCCGCAGCUGGACCAGUGUGAGACCAUGGAGGCGGUACGACCCUCGACGCCUCCAGAAGACCUGCGUGCCACGCUCUACGAGCGGCCCAGCACGUCGCUCGGCCACUUUGACGAUAUCGGCGCUCGGCGGCGCGAUCCGUUUGGCAUAGGAGCCGAGUCCGCCUCGCCAGCCAGGCUAGGCCAUGCGCGGCAGGCGGCGUCGCGAUAUCGAGGCCUAGAUCUCGACAGCAGCAGCUUGACCCCGCGUCGGCAGGGCGCAGGGAUGGGCACGUCGCCUUCGCCAUCGGGGACGACCGCUUUUGACACGGCACCCACUCGCAACGCCAUCAUCGACGAAGAGGAGGACGAUGACGAGGGCGGCCCGCCGAUUGCUCGGUACUAUGCCAAGCUGCGGAGCGGCGCGGCGACUCCGGACGCGAUGCAGACCUUCCGCUUUGGGCAUUCGCAGUCGGAUCGGACGCUGCUGCGGAGCCCGAGCGCCGUUGCCGGUUCGUCGAUCCCGGUCCUCAGCACCAAGAACGGCUCGUCGCAUCCGAUCUGGUCGCAUCGGCAGACGAAUCCGUCGCUCGGGUCGGUGACUGGCAGCGAUGUCGAGCUGGCGGGACACGACGGCACGCCCGUGGCCAACCGCUUCAUCGGCAGUGGCGGUGGCAGCAGCGGCGUAAGCGGCAGCGGCAGCGUCGGCGUAGUCGCUGGCGGAGUCAGUGGCGCGCUGGACCGGCCACGGCCGCCGACGAGCAGCCAGCGGUCGUUCUUUGCCGGUCGGGAGCGUCGCAAGAACUCGGUGGCCGGCCUCGAUGGUUUUGUGGCCGUGGGCAGCAAACACGGCCGGGGCUCGUCGAAGGGCUCGUCGGGCACCGAGCGGAGCCGGGAGACGUCGCACGACGGUGGCGGCGGCGGCGGCGGCGGCGGCGUGAACGAGGCCGCGCAGGGUCAGCCGUCGACCAAUGGGCACAGUACCAGCGGCAGCUUUGGCGGCUCGACGCGGCCGCUCAACAUCACCAAGAAGCCGGCGUCGGCGACCGACGAAGGACGAGGAGGCGGCGGCGGCGUCGGCGGGGGCGGAGGCGUGACCAAGAAGGCUUCGACGAUUUCGUCGUCGUGCUCGACCAACACGGUGUCGACGCAGGCAUCGACGUCGGUCUCGACGCAGGACACGCCGCUGACGCACUCGACGCGCAGCCUGGCUGCCGUCGUCGACUAUGACGGCGACGACGGCCGCGCCAAGGACCAGGACGACGGGUACGAGGAGCGGAUCCGGCGGGAGGCGGCGGCGCUGGGGCGGUCGUUUGACGGGUCGAACGCGCAGGAGGAUGUGCGGUCCGACAUUGAGCGGUACCUCGACGAGGGGCCCAUCAGCAUCCACGAUCGAAGGAGGCUGUUUGAGCAGCAGGCGCGGUAG